AUGGAGACCGCAAGCACAGACGCGACCGACGCGGGCAACCGCAAGCGCAAGAUGACGGCCACCACGCCGCCGUCCAGCCUCAAGCGCGGGAGCAAGCUGUCGCGUCCUGCCACGACCACCGUCGCCAGCAUUUCUAACGGCGUGACGCCGCCCGUCGUCACGCCACGGAACUCCAUCCACACAUCCAGCGCGUUCAUCGACCACCAGCGUGCCAUGUUGAGCGCGGCCGUCGCGCCCACGCCGCACGGACCCAUCGAGCACAUGCCGCCCACGCCCGCGUUCGUGAACCGCAACGGCUUUGGCCACACGCCCGACGGGUUCUCGUCGACACCGAGUGACGGGUUUCCGUCGAAUAGCGCGCUAGCUCAAGGUGCUGCGACCUCGACGCCUGCAGACGAGCACCCGUCCGCCGGCGGCUCGACUGGCCACUCGUCGCACGCGCCAACGCCGUCUCCAGUGCCGCGUGCGGCGCCGUUGAACUUGCGCAACUUUUCCAAUUGGGACGUUGGCACUCGUUAUACUCUUGUGCGGCUGCUGGGCAAGGGAUCGUAUGGACAGGUCGCAGAGGCAUUUGAUGCGGAACGUCAGACGAAAGUGGCGAUCAAGAAGAUCAUUAAUGUUUUUGAUCAGGAGAUUGACUGCAAGCGGUUGUACCGUGAGAUCUACAUCCUGCGUCGUCUGAGUCACUCGCAGGUGAUCAAUUUGAUCGACGUUAUCCCACCGGAAAACUAUGACACGUUCACGGACUUGUACCUCGUGUUUGACUUCGUGGACACGGAUCUGCACAAGCUCAUCAUGAGUCCACAGUACUUGACGAUUCGGCACAUCCAAGUCUUCCUGUACCAGCUCUUAUGUGGCUUGAAGUACAUCCACUCGGCCAACGUGAUUCAUCGUGACAUGAAACCGGCCAACAUCUUGCUGAACGAAGACUGCACCCUCAUGAUUUGUGACUUCGGUCUUUCUCGUGUGAUGGAGAGCGACUUGUCGAUGGAGGAGCUGAGCAAGCAUUUGUAUUCGCCGAAGGACUCGAAGUCGCCUACCACGUCCGAUGGAGGAACUACGUCGGCGCCUUCUCCUGGCAGUGCCUCCUCGACGCCGUCAUCAUCUGGGGAGUUUCCCAAGAUGCGACGACAGCUGACAAAGCACGUGGUCACACGGUGGUAUCGUGCGCCAGAGCUUAUUCUCCUUCAAGAGUACGACUUUUCCGUCGAUAUGUGGAGUAUCGGGUGCAUUUUUGCAGAGCUGCUUAGUAUGCAAGUUGAGAGCUGCCCGCGGUACCAGGAGCGCGUGCCGCUCUUUCCCGGUCGAUCGUGCUUCCCGCUCAGCGCAGAUCGCCCCACGACGUACUCAGACAAGCUGGACCAGCUCAAUGUGAUCUUCAACGUCAUUGGCACACCGGGCGAGGAUGAUAUUGGCAGUUUGGGCGAAGUGAAGCAGUAUUUGCGAAAACUGCCAAAGAAGGAGCCCAGGGACCUUCGUGAGAUGUAUCCGGGCGCCCCUGCUGACUCGCUGGACUUGCUGAAGCAGAUGCUGUCAUUUAAUCCCGAGUGCCGAAUUUCGGUGGACAAAGCGCUUGCGCACCCGUUUUUGGAGUCUGUACGGCGGACCCAGUCGGAGACUGUAGAAGCUAAUCCGUUUGGUAUGGAGUUCGAAAACGUUCCGCUGAACAAGGAUGCCUUGAAAGCCCGUAUAUUUGAGGAAAUUAAAUUGUUCGCAGACCGUAACAUCCAAAGAUGA